AUGCCCAGCCGGCUCCCGGAUAGCGGCCCGCGAGAACGUGUGACAGGAGGCAAACAUGCAUGCCGAAGCAUCGCCCGACAUGGCCGCAUCCGCGGAUGGAACCUCGCCCACACAGUCAGUCGGCAGCGGCCGGUACCACGCAGCAUCUCAUACCUGCCCGUGACAUGUAUGACCGGCAAGUGA